AUGUUUGCACAUCGCACCGGCUACUCAUUGAAGGUCGAGUUCCAUCUGGGGCAGGCCCAGAACAGCGCCGUCCCCGCCCUCGGCCGCUCCCUCCUCCUCCUCUUCCUCCUCCUCCCGGCUGUGACCUCCCCGCGUGCUGCUCACGUCGAUGACGCGGUGCUCAUCGCGAGCUUGGCGGCCUCUUCAUCGAGCAGCGGAGGCCUCGCAACCAAUGAAGACAAACACGACACGUGGCAUAAUACAGCCAAUGAGGACCUGGCCUCGGUGGCCACGCUGCUGCACGUGGGGCACGUUAAAGACCCCGGGCACGUUAAAGACCCCGGGCACGUUAAAGACCCCGGGCACGUUAAAGACCCCGGGCACGUUAAAGACCCCGGGCACGUUAAAGACCCCGGGCACGUUAAAGACCCCGGGCACGUUAAAGACCCUGGGCACGUUAAAGACUCUGGGCACGUUAAAGAUCCCGGGCACGUUAAAGACCCCGGGCACGUUAAAGACCCCGGGCACGUUAAAGACCCCGGGCACGUUAAAGACCCCGGGCACGUUAAAGACCCCCGGCACGUUAAAGACUCUGGGCACGUUAAAGAUCCCGGGCACGUUAAAGACCCCGGGCACGUUAAAGACCCCGGGCACGUUAAAGACCCCGGGCACGUUAAAGACCCCGGGCACGUUAAAGACCCCGGGCACGUUAAAGACCCCGGGCACGUUAAAGACCCCGGGCACGUUAAAGACCCCGGGCACGUUAAAGACCCCGGGCACGUUAAAGACCCCGGGCACGUUAAAGACUCCGGGCACGUUAAAGACCCCGGGCACGUUAAAGACCCCGGGCACGUUAAAGACCCCGGGCACGUUAAAGGACCCCGGGCACGUUAAAGACCCCGGGCACGUUAAAGUCCCCGGGCACGUUAAAGACUCUGGGCACGUUAAAGACCCCGGGCACGUUAAAGACCCCGGGCAAACUCAAUUGUCUAUCCAUUGUACUGUACGUCUAUACUCCCCGCCUUCACCAACCCGCACUGACCAGCGCGGUGAAGUAUGGUCAAACAA